CGACGCCGUUGCUGCGCGUCUCCGCGAGCGCGUCCGUCGUUACGCCAUCUCUGCCGGCUUUGGCGGUGGUGAUGAUGGCGAGCGUCGUGUCCUUAAUGGCGAGGCUGGUGUACCACCGGGAUCGCUGGCGGAGGGGAAAUUGAUGGGUGUGCAGAUUGGGAAGAACGCGAGCACGCCCGAUGAUAUUGACUCUGUCGUCGCGGAUUACGUGUACUGUGUUAAGCGCCUCGCGCGCUACGCUGAUGUGCUGGUUGUCAAUGUCUCCAGUCCCAAUACCGCGGGGCUGAGGGACCUCCAGGCGCAGGCGCCGUUGACGGCGAUUUUGAAGGCGGUUGUUAAGGCGGCGGGGGAGACGGAUAGGAAGGUGGUGCCGAGGGUUAUGGUGAAGGUUUCCCCUGAUGAGCGGGAGGCCAAGCAGGUAGAGGGAAUCUGUAACGCGGUGUGGGACUCGGGCGUUGACGGAGUCAUCGUUGGAAACACCACUAAGAGGCGGCCGGCGCCCGUUCCGGCUGGGUUCAUGCUGCCCGCGGAGGAGGAGCGGAUACUGAGGGAGGAGGCGGGCGGGUAUUCGGGACCGCAGCUGUUUGAGGGGACGGUGGAUCUGGUGAGGAAGUAUAGGGAGGAGUUGGAUAAGGGGAAGGGUGGGGAGAGGAAGACGGUGUUUGGGAGUGGGGGUGUUACGAAUGGGAAGGAGGCGUUGAAGGUUUUGGAGGCAGGGGCUGAUAUGGUGCAGGUUUAUACCGCACUCGUCUACGGCGGCGCUGGAACGCUCACAAAGAUCAAGCAUGAGAUGCGCAGGGAGAUUGACCGCAACACACCGCGCAGCGACUAAACUAAACUAACCUCCCACCUCCCUUGAGGAAGACGUAUGUGAGAAAGAGAGAGGGAGAAGAUUAUACCUAGAGUGUUGUAUCAAGUAGCCUAGACAUUGUAUAACAAAAAAAACCAACAAAGUUUCAAUUACCAUCCAAAUUAAUCAUCGGAUGAAGCAAGUUGUCCUUCAACCCGGGA